GGUCUGUGGCUUCCCACAGCCAGACACCCACCUGAGGCUGUGUGGAAAGCAUGUGGCAGAAGCCUGUAGCAGUCCGACCGCCCAGAGCACCGGGACUCUGGCAGGACACGGGUGUUCUCCCACUCCCUUUAAUCCCCUACACCCACUGCUCGACAACAACCAACAGGUUGAGAACUGCUGCAGGUCUACAAGGAACCAGCCCCUCCUGGUAGCUUGAUUGUAGCCCUAAAAUCAUUUUGGACUCUGGCUUCCCAAAAUUCAAUAGGAUAAAUUGUGUUGUAGAUGAGUCAUGAAGAUUGUGUUCACUUACAGCAGCAAGAGGAAACUCAGGGAAAUGAAUAGCAGCUAUUUCUGCUCUCACUUGACAUUAUUUCAGGUUGCUUUUAUGAGCAAAGCUUAUUUUACCUAGCAACAUUUGUUAAGUAAGUUGACAACUUAAUGCUAGACACUGGGAGGGAGAAACUACUUAUGUCUUCCCAACUCAGUGCUCAACCUUGGAAGGCAGAGGCUGGUAGCACCAUUCUUUAGACAUACAGCCAUUGCCAAACAUGAUGAAUUAUUUCGUCUUUUCCAGGCUCUAGUAGAGUCUUGAAACCCUGCCCCCAGCCCUCCAGCUGUCUUAGACUUCUAGAGUCUCUUGAAACCACCAUUUUUUUUCUGAUCCUGAUAUUAUUUUAACUGGAAGUAGUAAAAGCGAUCAGAAAUUAAACUAUGAUCAGAAAUCCAAAUUAUACAGAUUUUGUUUGCUGUGCUGUUUGCAAUAAAAUAAUUCCACCAGCCCCUUUCGGGGAAACCUUCAAACGGAUCCAUGACUACAAGCCAUUUAAGACACGCUUCUAUACUCACAAAGAUAUCUUGGAUAUUGGGGCAGGUAUUCUGAACAAAGAAGAAGAGUUUCGAGAGGCUGUGCUCAAGGAACAAAUUAAAAAAGCAGAAGCCAAAGUGUGGGAAAAGGCUGAAGUGCUCCAAAAACAAGCCGUGGAUCAAGCACUCGAAGAUGCAGACGCCAGACACAGAUUUGAAAUGCGGGUUCUGGAAGAACAACAUCAAAAAGACUUAAAGGCUCUAGAAGAGAAAACCAAGGUGAAUAUGAUUCAACAGAUGAACGAAGAGCUGAGGAGAGAGCACACAGCUGCGGAGCAGCGCAUGGUCCAUAGGAUCCAGAGGAUCAUGAUGGAGUGUCACCGGGAGAAGAUGGAGGCUGUGAAGAAAGCCAGGGAAGAAGAGAGGAAGAUUGCCCAGAAAGCUAUCGAAGACCAGAAAAGCAAGGCCCUGGAGGAAUUUGUAACCACUGGUGUAACCGUCAUUAAAGACAAGAAAACUAGCCUGGACCAGCUGAUCAAAGCGAAGGAGCAUGAGAUGACCGUCUACUACGGCAUGGCUCAGAAGCAGAAGCAAGAAGAAGUACAAGAAGUGCUUCAAGAGGCAGAAAAAACACACCAGGCCACCCUUGACCAUAUGAUGGGCAGACUGGUCAAUACCCAGGGGGAGCUGCUGUCUGUGGCAAAGCAACUGGGAAUCAUGACAAACUGGAAAGAUUUUCUGGAGGAGGAAUUGCAGGAAACCAGGGCCGCGUUUCAGAAGUAUAUCAAUUACACCUUCCCCGAGCUCUCCCCAGGACAUGCCGACUUCAUUAUGCCGGAAAGAAAGAAAACACCUGCUAUUCUUGCUCAGGAAACUGAACCGGGGACUGAUUAGAGGUCAUCGGCUGAAAUGUCACCACAAAAGUUGGCGUUCUCGGAUGAAAUAAAUGUACUCAAAACC